AUGGAACCACAACAAGAAACACGCAAUGCACACCCCCUUACAUUUGAUGAAAUCGGAAUACCUACAGGACCAAGGCUAGAAGAAGGGGCAUUGGGCAAGAAAAGACCUCUGAAGGACUUGAAGAAAGAGGAGAUAGCGUUUGCUGUGAUCUCGGUGGUUAAUUCAUUGGUUGAAAUUGUGCUUGCCAUUCAAAGACUAGCCACAACAAGCAAAGGAGACCCUGCCUUCACCUUUGCACUCAUCAUUAUCAUCAAUGCUUUCUUUUGCGUCUAUUAUGUACUCCAUGGAAUACUCGCUGAGCGGCCAUAUGAAGUUUUUGUUAUGGUUUUGGCAACGUCUGCAAUAUUAAUCUCCAUUAUAGUUAACUACAUCCUGACCACCAAAAAUGACGUAAAACUGGCUCGUUUGAUAGUCGCAUGUAUUCUGAGCCCAGUUAUUAUCGUCAUGGGAAUCAUUAUAGCCAAGGAAUACUAUGGAUCCAGCCGUCUAAUUUUCAGAACGAUUGGUGCCAACUCAAAUCUGCAAGGCUUCUGCAAAACCUUGUUCUUAUUUUUCGGUUUGCAGAAGUUUGAUCUACAGUUAAAUAUAACGAUGGUUCUACUAAUUCUGCAAUCUGGAACCAAAGUUGACACCAAGGACCUCGUCAUUCUGUCCCUUGGGUUACCUGUGACUGUCAUCUCUUUUGCUCUUGGGUACCUUAGUGUUAGGUGGGAAGACAAGAAGCUGGGUAUUGCCUAUGCAAUUUCAUUGCUCCUGGCACCUGCGUACAUUAUAUUCAAAGUUUACGAGUCGGCAGAUGAAUUAGGGAAGACAUCAGGCGUACAUCAACAAAAUAUAACCACUGUUGUUCAGCCGACGCACUUCAUCCCCCUGUCUGGUACAACAGCUUUCUGCGCAGCAGUGACUCUUAUAAUUCAUGUAAUAAUGGGAGUCUAUUUUUAUAAAGCAGUUCAAAACUUUGGCAAGGGACUGAAAGUUAAAUUAUAUGGUGGAGCAGGAGAAUCAACACCACCGCAAGGGUAAAUCCACCUUUGCUUAAUAUAAUCAUGGAUUAUAUUAAGAAACCAAGAGACGUUUAAUCAAAUUUCCAUAUCAAUCGAAACUCUUUGUUUUCAAAUGUGUAACAUUUAAAUUAACAUUUGCUCUGAAAAUUGAAAUCUGAUCGUUUAUCAUCCCUCAUGAAAAGCAACUUUGUACUUAAUAAGUAUAUAUAUACAUCUACCGAGUAUGAUUCCCUCUAUUUCUAUGGAAACUUUAGUUAAAUUCAAAGCUCUAUCAGUCCAGAAACUAAUGAUGUCGAACUCAAAUUCCAACAGAACACGAUUUGGCUAAUUCUUUUAUCUAGCGUACUGAUGUACACUAACAGUAAUUGAGUGAAUUUUUUUCUAACUUUUUAUAAUCAAUUUAUUAAUUUGUUAAAGAAAGAUGUAGAUAUAAACAAUAAAAUGCUUUCUCUGAUUAUCCAUGCGGAUUAUGAAGGUGGCGAUUAUUGGAGAAAAUUUUAUACCUAACCCGCCAACGCGGGUUAUGUAAUUUUUUCUGCAAUGUCGCCACAUACAUAUCCUGCAUGAAUCACCAAUGAAAGCAUUUUAUUAUGAAAAAAAAUAUUUGGAAAUUCCUAUUGGAUACUAUUUGAUACUAUUUUUCUGGUUGUUAUUUUCCUUUGUCCAACACUAAUAUCAAAAUACUCUUACACUGCUAAACAUGACAUUUUAUACAUAUACAUUGUAGUUAGUGAGGAAUAAUUUUGAUGAUGCUAUUUCACAAGAAAUAUCCCGUGAGUUAUGACCCUCAUUUUUUUUUUGUUAUAUGUAAACUAUUAUUAAGUAAAGAAAAUUCGAAAAUGUUUGCUUUAAAAUUUUAACAUUUUCCUCUAUCUUUAUAGAGAGCUCUUCUUCUGAAGGAGAUUAAUGAAGUCUAAAAUUUACCUCGAACAUUCUGUCAUCUUAUUCAUACAUUCCAAUUAUUUUUGUAAUAUUGUCGAACUUUGUUUUGUUAGGCUUAUAGCUUAACAUCUUCGUCCAUAAACCCUAUAUAUAUUCUCUCUGCUCAUUACGUGAUAGUUUGGUUAGUGUCCCUUGGAUUUUUCCGACACUCUUAUCGAAUAAAUGGUCAAAUGUUUGAGAUCCUUCAAUAAAUCAUGUAUUCAUUUAUUUGUUUGUUAGAAACAAUAAAUAAAUUUCUGUAAGUUGUAUUUUUACGGACUACUUCUUCAAGCGCAGUUAUACAAGGUGUUGUUUGGCUGUAGUUUAUAUAGAACCGAUCAGGUAUAGACAGGUCAUCGGAGAGCAAUCAACCCUUUCGAACACGAUUUUUUUUUUGUUUAUAAGUACAUGUGCGUACGAUACAGUAUACUUGAUAUGUAUUUAUAUUUAAAAUUAACAUUGUAUUUUGUAGAUAUAUUUGAAAAUAUAAAGUUAUUGGGCCUAAUUCCAGUUCAUCGCUACUAAAGUCGCGUGCUGAUUGUAUAUUACGGCGA